UUCAGGAAUGUACGAUAUGGCUUUAUUCUUUUCCAUCUGUUCAUCCCACCUCUCUUUUUGUCCUUUCAUUGAAGCCAUUGUUGCUGUGUCCCUGUUUAAUUAAGGAUUGGCUUGGAUUAGCGGUUUGAGAAAGCCUUAAUCUGUUUGAGUCACCGAGACACAGUGGACCAGAGAAGAGCUGAGUGUAAUCACACAGAGAGCCAGAUAGCAGAUGAACCUAAGUUAGUUAACCUACAGCCGUGACCAAUAAUAGGCAGACACAGAGUUAUAGAUGGAUGGUGAAGGUGUGAAGGAGCCGCACAGUGAAGAUGAGAUGGAGCAGGAGUUAUCCUCCGAUGACCAAGCAGAGAGAGAGGAAGAUGAAGCUGAAGAUGAGGAGGAAACGGCAGACGCACAGAACAGAGGGUGUCUGAGGGACGUGGAGGACUGGAAUGGCUUUAUUUCUGGAGGACCAGCGGCUGAAGAAGAGGUGCUGCUGGACUGGAAACCCGGUGAUCCUGUGACUCCUCAGUAUGUCCUCAGACUGCCAGGAUACACCGAUGACUUCAUGUGCUCCCCAGAAGACAACAUCUACAAUAUUAGCUUCUCACGCUUCAAAAUAAGAGAUCUGGAAGGUGGAUGUGUCAUCUUAGAUCUAAAACGACAUUGUCCAACAGAAAUAAAAGAUAUGAUAGAGCUGGAUGCUGGCCGUUUCAUUCAGUAUCAUUUCAGUCCUGCUUUUCUAAACCUCAGGGAGAUUGGAGCCACACUUGAGUUCACAGUGGGAGGAAAAGCAGUGAACAAGUUUCGUCUGAUCGAGAGGCAUUACUUCAGGGAUCUUCUGCUGAAGACGUUUGACUUUGAGAUCGGCUUCUGUAUCCCUCACAGCAGAAACACCUGUGAACACAUCUACUGCUUACCAGACCUGGAUCCACACACCAUUGAGGAGAUGAUCAGCCACCCUUUUGAGACGCGGUCAGACAGCUUCUACUUCGCCAACAACACGCUGAUCAUGCAUCAUAAGGCUGAAUAUUCCUUCAGUCAGGGGCUGCAGAUCAACCAAAACCAAAGCUAGACGCUUCGCCAUCAGACAGUGUGAAUCACAGUAAUAAAAUAAUAUACACAAUAGUGCUGUAUAUUGGGUUUCGUAAAUCAUAUCACUAGACAAAGGCAUGUCUUUGGAACAUUAUGUUUUUGCUGGGGAGAUGUUGUGUUG